AUGGCGGCCCCCCGAUAUCAAUCCAAUGAGCUGCGGCGCCAGGUCGGCUCGCCGAGAGUCAAACCCCGAGAAAACAAGGAAACACUCUGCCGAAACGUCGUAAUUUAUGGACACUGUCGUUUCGAAGAUCAGGGCUGCACAUUCUUACACGACCAGAAUAAGACGAACAACCAAAACCAAAACCAAAACCAAAACCCAGGCCAACAGGAUCCAUCUAAGAAAUCUUUAAAUGUCGAGUCGCCGUCGUUCACCCCAGCCAAUCUUGGGCCUGCAGCGGCCGUCAAGAAGACACUCACACCCCAGGCAGCGAAUGCGCCCUCCUUUACCCCUCGCGGAUUAGGCGCUGCGACGCCAGUGGAUGCAGAUGCCGCAGUAUUCAACCCUGCGGCCAUUCGCGAAUUCACGCCCUCAUUUGAUCCGAAUGCCGCUUCUGGGAGCAAUGGCACAGCCGACCCCUUCAAUUUAGCGGCUGCCGCCGCGGCCUUCAACCCAUACGCCGAAAAUCACGGAGGCAUGGCCGGAGCCGCACCGCAAUUUUAUCAAGGAGGGCAAUUUCCACCACAGCCGUUACAAUAUCAUCUAUAUGCACCCGUGGGACCCCACCGCGAGGAUCUUUUGCAAUAUCAUCGCGUUACACACGACUUCUUCAUUCCUGAGAAGCUACGGGAAGAGAUGCAGCGCAAGUCAGAGGCUGCGCUGCAAGUCAUCAAUUCACAGCUACCGCAGGUGGACAAUUACCACUCAUUGGUCGCGCUCGACACCACGCAGCGCAAAAAUAUCAAUAUAUUCGGCUACUCCAGCUGGGUGUACAAGGCAACAUCGUCCAAAACCGGGAAUAUCUACUGCCUUCGCCGCAUUGAAGGCUUCAGACUCACAAACGAGCACGCAAUUAGAUCGGUUAAAGAAUGGAGACGGAUCGACAAUGCUAAUGUUAUCACCAUAUACGACGCUUUCACAACGAGAGCCUUUGGCGACAGCUCUCUCAUAUUCGUCCAGGACUAUCACCCUCUUGCCAAAUCGCUGGCUGAACAUCAUCUAAGUCCGAACCCUAUCCACGGGCAACGAUUUCAACCAAAGCCACCUAUUCCUGAGACAGUGCUGUGGGGCUACAUCUCACAAAUUGCCAAUGCGCUCAAAGCCAUUCAUUCGAGUAACCUAGCCGCCAGGUGUAUUGACGUCAGCAAGAUCCUACUGACGGGCAAGAACCGAAUUCGUCUCAAUGCCUGCUCUAUUCUCGACGUUGUUCAGUUCGAAAAUCGACGGCCACUUUUGGAGCUACAGCAGGACGACUUUGUCCAGUUCGGCCGCACUAUGCUCUGCCUGGCUACCGGAACCCUGCCUGCCCACCUUAACAAUAUCACAACCUCUUUGGAGCAAAUGAGCAGAACAUAUUCAGCAGAGCUUCGCGACACCCUUAUCUGGCUUUUUACACCCGCCCAAACACCUGCCCAUAAAACGAUUGACGAGUUUAUCCGGGGGGUUGCGGGUCACAUUGUGACCACGUUGGACCAGAGCCAACACCAAGCCGACGAGCUCAAUACCGAGCUCUACCGGGAGCUCGAGAACGGGCGCGUGGUGCGGCUGCUGCUGAAGCUCGGUACCAUUAACGAGCGGCAAGAGUUUGACGGUGACCGGCAAUGGUCGGAAAACGGCGAGCGCUACAUGCUCAAGCUCUUCCGCGACUACGUGUUCCACCAGGUGGACGCGAACAACAACCCGGUGCUGGACAUGGGUCACAUGCUGCGCAGCCUCAACAAGCUGGACGCCGGCACGGAGGAAAAGAUUUGCCUAACGAGCCGUGACGAGCAGACGAGCUUCAUCGUCAGCUACAAGGAGCUGAAGAAGCAGAUGGGCGCCGCCUUCAACGACCUGCAAAAGGGGAGGCAGGAGCUGGAGCAACAACAGCAUCAGAUGGAGCCCCAGCAGUGGAUGCAGCAGCAGCUGGAGACGCGAUCGCGGUCUAGCUGGCCAUUCUCAGCAAAGACGAGGUUACAGAGCUGGAGUAUUGGGUGA